AUGCGUUGGUUCCACGGUGCUUGUUUUGGGGUGGCCCAAGACAGGGGGUGGCCCAACUCGGGGUGGGUCGACUUAGAAGGGCGCCUUCCCCUGCUGGCCGUACGGGCCGGGCCAUCAGGGGCUAGCGACUCCCCCGGGUUUACCACGGCGGCGGCGGCGGUGGCCGCAGCGGUGGGAACAGUGGCAAACCAAGCCCAUCAGCCGACCAGUGUCGGCAUCAUGCAUCUGUUGACAGGCGGAGACAGGCAAAUCUCGGAGCUGAUGACGACUUAGGCAAGCGCGGCAAGCCUGCAGGCCCUGCUUACGAGACGGGCAAACCAGGGUCUUUCCCGCCUGCUCAAAGAAACGCACGCUUCGACAGUUUCUUCCUUGUUCUCAGAUGUUGGGAUUCGCUGCUCCAAGCUCCCAGCCUUUCUGCCCGCUGCCACCCGAUCGCGACCGCAUCAACGGGGAAAUGGAGCCACCGUCUGUAUGGCCGGGGGCAGCUCUACGGGCAAAGAAUGAGGCACACUUAUCCUAUUUCAGCAUAAAUCCACUACAUUUAUACAUUUUGUAGUUUUGUAUUUCGUUUUUGGGAAUCUUUCCGACGACAGCUAGGUCGUCGAAUCUGGGUUUUAUAGCAGCGGUGUAAUAGCAAUUACGGCACUACAAACACGACCUAAAAACAGGAGUCGUGCGUUUAAACAGUCCGUUUAGGCAGGUGCUGCCUGCAGGGGCUCCUUUACGUGUUUCCUGUGUCCAGCCAACUCGGACUUUGACGCGUCUUGGACGGUGGCUUACAUUUAUCCUAUAAAUAAAAGCCAUCCCCCCAAAG